AUAGUUGAUAAUGAAGUCCUAAUGGAUGAAAACAGAGUUACAAAUGGCUAAGCACACUCACAACGAUGAAGAUGACAAUGAAAAUGUUGUUAGGAAAAAAAUGAAGCUGUUACCAGAUGAUGAAAAGCUGGUUGCAUUCCAGGAUUGGAUGCGGCAGGAAGGUUUCUUGCUCUUCAAUGUAUCUGUCAGCAAGAGAAAUGUGGCUUCAGGUUGGGGCCUGGUAGCUGACAAGGACAUCACGGAGGGAGAUGUGCUUUUCACUGUUCCCAGGAGUGUUCUCUUACAUCCCUGCACUGUCUCUGAUGAAUUGAAGGUGGCGAUUGAAGCAGCUGGUGAGGAACUGGACAGUGGCAGUAGCUGGGUACCUCUUCUCCUGUGUCUGUUGCAUGAGUAUGAUAAGAUGGAAGCUGCUGCUUGUGGCUUUGGUGGUAGGUGGCAGCCUUACUUCAACAUGGUGCCUGAUUUUGAUGACCUCCACCUUCCAAUGAUGUGGUCCAAAGAGGAAUUGAAUGAAGAAUUGAAAGGAACGAAUUUGCUGGGGCUGUUGGAUCGCGAUCUGAAGUCAUUAACAUUUGAAUUCGAACACAUUGUUGUGCCCUUUGUUAAGAAGCAUCCUCAAUUGUUCAACGCAGACAACAUCACCUUGCAUCACUUCAAGAAGAUGGUCUCUUUUGUCAUGGCGUACAGCUUCACUGAACCGAAGAAACCAGGCAAAGAUGAUGACGACGACGAUGAUGAUGAUGAGGAUGAUGUCCACCCACCAAUGAUGGUACCACUGGCAGACAUCUUGAAUCACGCCAGUGAAAACAAUGCAUUCAUCAGGUUCAGACCUCAGUGCUUGGAAAUGCUUGCCAAAAGAAAUAUCAAAAAAAACGAAGAGAUCUUCAACACAUACGGUGAACUAUCAAAUGAACAGCUCUUGCAUAUGUAUGGCUACGCUGAACAUCCCACACUUGCUCUGUAUGAUACUGUGGACAUUCCAUUGAAUGAUCUACGGGAAACAUUUCUUCAAAUGAACACAGAUCAGCCAACACAACAACAACAACAACAACAACAACGUCACCAAUCAACCAACUUACCGGUAGCCAAUCAAAAUGCACCAUUCAUUGAUAAAAAGUGGAGUUACCUGACUAAGCUAGGUUACAUAGCAGAUGAUGGUUGUUUAGUGCUUAGUCAUGAUGGAGUGCUGACUGAGAAGAUGAUGAACUCUAUUAUGAAAAACAUGUCGAAGUUGCCUGAUUCCUACAAGAUGCUACUCAACAAGCUGGCCACAAGACAACUUGGGAAGUACGGAAGAAGUUUGGAGGAGGAAGAAGAAUUGAUGAAGAAGUUGGAGGAGGAGAUGGAGAAGAACAACUUUCAACCAACACAACAGGCUGAACAUUCUUCAACGUCACCAGAUGGCGGUUGUACGCAGCUAGAAUGUACAAAUGUUCCUACAAACAUGAAACACCACUUAAGAACAAAGUUGUACUCAUCGUAUGUGAGGUGUGGCCAGAUGAGGUUGCUGCAAAAAUUGACGUCAUCCACUCUCGGCGGCUUCUCUUGAAUUCGCUUUUACGCAUCAUAGCAUAUAAUUUGCAGAUUUUUAUUACCUUGGUUGGAUGGUUUGUUAAAUGCUGGUGCAUUAACUCUCUUCAAUAUUUUUCAUUAUAAGUUUACUUUUUUGUGGAAUAUUAAUUGUUUAUGUUUAAAAAUAUACGUGAAUUCUAAAUUAUUGCUUGAUGAAGGUUACGAUGUAGGUGUUGAAGAUUUUAAUACGAAACGAAAUUGGAAUGAUGGGUAAGGAUCUGUUUGAACACACAUUUUGGUGAACUUUAAAUGCUAAAAGUAUCAAAUCUCGGUCGAAGAUUUUAACCAUACACACAGCAAAUAUUUCGCUCGUGAAACAUUUUAAUCAAAUUUUGGUAGGAAGGAGACAAGAAAUCAAUACUAAAAUUAAGUCUCCAUUUGUUAGUGGUCUAUUAUUUUUCCAAAAAUUCAAACUGACAAACUCGGAUGGUUACAAGAUGUGACGAAUGACGUUGUGAUUUUGAAAG